CACUAAUAUUUAUAAAAUUAAACAUAUGAUGUUUGUAAAAUUAGGUAUUUAGAUUGAUUUGAUUAUUGCGAUUUGAGCCGAUAAAUGGUGGGGGCAAACCGCGUUGAACCUUUCUUCUCCCUGCGGCAUCUUUCCCGUUUCCUCCGUCCCCUUACCCUGGUGGCAACCGCGUCGACUCUUCCUCCGCCACGCGUCCUUGCAUUUUCCUUCUCCUUCCAUUUUUGCGUUUUCUCGCUUGUUCACCCAAAGAACCAAUCAAACCAAGGGAGGCGUUGUCUCGUGUCUAAAACCGUGUCUUUUGUUCCACUCACUGACCUUCUCCGAAUCCACCUCCACUGCUCUCCUCUUUCCCUCACUCUCUCGUCGGCAUUUAUUACGAGUUAUAUGGUUACAGUUGUAGAGUAUUAAGAAAUAAAAGAGGAAAAGGUGUUGAGAGAGAGAGAGAGAGAGAGAGAGCCUAUCUAUCGUUCAGUGAUUGAGAUAAAAGAAGGGAGGGUGAUCAAAGCGAGGGCGAGAUGAACAACCUCUUUUCUUCCGCAUCUUGGCGACAAGACGUGGAGUCCGGCGGCGGACGAGGCUCGGAAUUGCAGAUGGCGGCGGGCGGGGCGAACCUGGACAGUUUUUUCGAAGACGUGGAGACCCUCAAGAAUGAUCUGCGGGAGGUGGAGCGCCUGCACCGCAGCUUACACGAGGCAAACGAGGAGGGGAAGUCCCUGCACGAGGCGUCGGCGGUGCGCGCCCUUCGCGCCCGCAUGGACGCCGACGUUGCCCUCGCCCUCAAGAAGGCCAAGUUCAUCAAGCUCCGACUCGAGUCCCUGGACCGCGCCAACGCCGCCAACCGCGCCGUCCCCGGCUGUGGGCCCGGCACCACCACCGACCGCACCCGCACCUCUGUCGUCGCCGGCCUUCGCAAGAAGCUCCGCGACUCGAUGGACGCCUUCGCGGAGCUCCGUUCCAAGGUCGCCUCCGACUACCGAGAGACGGUGGAGCGGCGCUACUACACGGUCACGGGGGAUGUGCCGGACGAGGCGACGGUGGACGAGCUGGUGGCGACGGGGGAGGGGGAGCGGUUCUUGCAGCGGGCCAUCGAGGAGCAGGGCCGGGGCCGGGUGCUGGACGUGGUGGCUGAGAUCCGGGAGUGGCACGGGGCAGUGGCGGAGCUGGAGCGCAGCCUGCUGGAGCUGCAGCAGGUGUUCAUGGACAUGGCGGUGUUGGUGGAGGCGCAGGGGCAGCAGCUGGACGACAUCGAGAGCAACGUCGGCCGCGCCCAGUCCUUCGUCCGCCACGGCACCGAGCAGCUCGGCGCCGCCCGCCAGCACCAGAAGAGCACCCGCAAGUGGACCUGCAUCGCCAUCAUCAUCAUCCUCAUCAUCAUUCUUAUCAUCGUCCUCUCCAUCGUCCUAACCCACACCAACAAAUCGUCCUCAUCAUCGGCCUCCCCACCGUCCUAACCCUCAUAUCUUCUCAAUCAUACUAGUACUUCUAUUUUUGUGAUGCUGUUCUUUGUUUUGUUUUCUUUUUCGGACGAAAUGGAUCACUCGUCACUGGGUGAUUUCUUUC